UUAUCCCACUCCCCCGGCGAAGCCCUCGUCGCAUGCAAAUAUAAAGUUUUCCGGUAGCGUUUGGCCGUAUUUUUGAAGAAAAGAAGAUGGAAUACGUAUUGAGGGCUCUGACGACGAAGGAAGAAGUAGAUUCCAUAAUAAGGGACACAAUUGACAAAGUUCUUGUCCUCCGUCUCGGCCGAUCCUCUGAUCCUCUUUGCCUCCAGCUCGACGACAUCCUGUAUAAAUCUGUGAGAGAGGUGUCCAAGUUUGCGACUGUGGCUUUAGUGGAUAUUGAUUCAGAGGACGUUCAAGUUUAUGUCAAAUAUUUUGAUAUAACCUUAAUACCAUCGACCAUUUUCUUCUUCAAUGCUCAUCAUAUGAAGAUGGAUUCUGGGAGUGCAGAUCACACCAAGUGGGUUGGAGCAUUUCAGAGAAAACAAGACUUCAUUGAUGUUGUAGAGGCAAUAUUUAGAGGGGCCAUGAAAGGCAAGCUCAUAGUGACUUGUCCCCUUCCUCCAGAGAGAAUACCAAAGUUUCAGUUGCUAUACAAAGAUGUUUAGCAGACGGUUGAACUGCAGUAGAAAACUCCUCAUCUUGAAAGCCAUUGUUUCUGGAUGAUUAUAAUGACCAUCACGAAUCCAUAUCACGAAGAGUGGGUUCUUUUGAUACUUUAAUAUCAAUGUAAGAAAGAGGAACGCGGCAGACUGAUGUAGGAGACAGAUAUCUUGUUGAAUUAAUGCAGAAUCAGGACAUUUCUCUUGGAUAUCUUAGCUGCUAGAAGACCUGUAUCGAUCAGAAAGCAUCAGUGUAUGAUGGGGUGAAACAAUGCAAGUGAUAAAUUGGAAAAAAAAAUGUUUGUGUAAUUAGGUAGUUUUUUCAUAAAUUUGUUGGGUGUUUGCCCUGACUUUUCUAGUAUAAUUAGAUUUUCCUUUUCCUAAAAGGAAAACACAAUGUCUCCAUAUUUGGCUAGUCCUUUUUCUUAUAGGAAAAGGUUAAUGACUCUAUAAAUAGAGGCUUAUUCCUUCUAACUUAGUAGCAUUCACAAUGUAGUCCUAAGGGAAUUUGAGAGUUUUGUGUGGGGGAGAAACUGUGAGACACAAGUGAUACGUUAUUACUUGUGUGAACCUCUUUGUAUUCCGAGUGAAUUGUGUGAGGUUAUUUCUCUCGAUAUUUUGUACUCUCAUAUUUAUAGUGGAUUGCUCAUCUCUUCUUGUGGAUGUAGGUCGGUUGACCGAACCACAUUAAAUGCUUGGCUCUCUUUUGGUAUAUUUCUCGUUUGUCUUCUUACUCAUGGUCAUUCAAGGUUUGCUUUGCUAACUUCCGCAUGACACCUAAUUAUUUUCGUCAUA